AUGGCCUUCGUUCUCAGAAGAACCCUGUCUGGAAAAAGUGUGCGCCAUGUUCUGAGCGCAGCUGUAUUUGGGAUGUCGAAGCCCCUCAUCCCACAAUCGAGCUCUUUCAGAAUGCUUCAUGUUGGAGACCGAGCCUCGCUGACGAGAGUUUUCAGCGCAAGAGACGUCGCACUUUUUGCUGAGCUGACGGGAGACACAAACCCGCUCCACCUUGACCCUGAGUUUACCAAAAAGACCUCUUUUGAAGCUCCCAUUGUUCAUGGUGUGCUGAUUAAUGGUCUUAUCUCAGCAGUUUUGGGGACUAAAAUGCCCGGCAGAGGCAGCGUGUUUCUCUACCAGGAAAUUCGCUUCCCGGCACCUUUGUUUAUUGGGGAGGAGGUGGUGGCCGAGGCAGAGGUCAAGAAGAUCAAAAUGUCAUUUGCUUUUAUUUCCGUUUCCUGUUCUGUCCGAGACAAAGUGGUAAUGGAGGGGGAGGUGAUGGUGAUGAUUCCAGAGGACAUGCAGGGGGCAUAGCUAUUACGCAACUUAUUAUGAAAUAUUUUUCAUUUAUUUGUAGAACAUUUCUCUUGUUCUCAAAAAGAGUUGUUUUGUAACAUGGCACAAACUGCAUAAAAUUGUUCCGUUAUAAAGGAAGAAUUCUGCCAUAAAUAAAAAUGUUAAUGAUU